UCGGACCCACUGACUUCUCAAACUACGGUUCAAACUUCAACACCAGAUCCAUCGACUUCUGCAUCCAUUGUUCUGACUUCAAGAGAUGGACCAUUGACUUCUGCAUCCACAGUUUUGACUUCAACUCAUAGAACAGUGACUUCUGAACCACUGACUCCACAAACUACGCUUCAAUCCUCUGAAACAACUGAAACAUUGACUACUCCAUCUAAUGUUCAAACUUCAGCAUCAAUAACAGUGACUACUCAAUCUUCUCCGCCAGCUUUAACAACUGAACCAUUUACUAAUCAAAGUACGCUGCCAACUUCAACAGCUCGACCAGUGACUUCUGCAUCUACGGUUCCGGCUUCAACAGCUCGACCAGUAAUUACCGUCCCAUUGACUACUCAAUCUGCGGUUCCAACAACUAAACCACCAGAUUGCCAGAAUGGAGGAUAUCGCAAUGGUACAGAAAAAUGCAUCUGUCUAACAGGAUUCCGCGGAGACCUUUGCGAGCAUUUCUCAGAUUAUGUUAAACCAGAAGAGGUUAACACAAAAGUUGUUGUGGAGGUGGUGGUGAACCAGUAUUAUAAACCAGAAUAUAACGAUAACAAAUCACCAGAAUACGAAGACUUUGUUCAGAACUUUACACAACAGAUGACUUCAUACUAUAAAAAAGUGAACAUAAAGAACUUCGAAGGUGUGAUUGUUACAAAAGUGAGUCCUGCAGUUUCCUUUGCCAGGAGAUAUAGGUCAGGAAGUAAUGGAGUGAAUGUAACACAUGAUAUUGUGCUGUUGCUUCAAAAUAAUGCUGACUUUGAGACACAAUAUGGAAAUAUUGUUAAUGAAAUCGAGGAGGCGGUUUGUAACCUCACUAGCUGCAGAAAAGGUGAGGCAGAUUGUCCUGGAUUUGACAUUUCCAACAAAACAGAUGUUAGCAAACCAGAAGAUUUUGGCCAAAAUAUUUGUGCAGCCAUCAUUCCAGACUCAUCUCUUCUUGAGUUCUAUGAAGCCCUGAAUGCCAGUGGGUGGAGUUGUGUGACGAUGUGUGACAAGAAUCACACCAACCCAAAGCACUGCUUCAACGAGGGCGUAUGCAACGUGUAUAGCGGCAUCGGACCCACUUGCGAAUGUGCAAAUGUUAAUUCUACCUGGUACCUCGGUGAUGACUGCAGUUCUCCAAUCUACAAGGUUGCCUUCUACGCUGGUUUAUCAACUACUCUCGUAGUUCUCCUACUGACCAUGGGAGCUCUGUCCGGGUACAUCUACUUCAACAAGCAACGACAGAACCGCAAGAGAGACGUCAGAGAGUCGCUGGUGAACGAGUUCCUGGACGAAGACUUGGUCUGGCCUAAAUCUAGAGAUCAUCUCCCUGCACCUUCAGGAAUGUACAGUAACCCCUCCUUCAGCGCGGACCCGACCAACCGCCAGGGCCACUACCUCAUCCAGACCCCCCCGUGGGGAACCGCCGCUUCGACCAGGGGCGACCAGGACGCCGCAUCCUCUACCGGCGCCUCCGAAUCACCACAGAACCAGCUAUCAAUAAACCAGCCGAUGCAGAACCGUCAGCCCCAGAUCACGUUGGGGGGGGGGGGGGGCCCGUGGUGGGACCCGCCCGCCAGCUGGAGUUAGUGUACCGGUCCCCUGAGGACCAGGAAUUUAAUUUCUAAUUUCUAUUUAUCAAAUGCCCAGCUUAACAAAGUCCCGCUCUGCUGUCCUAACGUCUGGAGACGAAGGGCUCCAGGGAGACAUGAUGUAUGAUGUAGGAUGUAUGAUGUUUGCAAUGGUGUUAUUUAAAAAAUGUAAUAAAGGAUUGAGAAAGUGAGAGGUUAUCUGUUUAUUG